GGCAAGUGCAGCGACGUUCGCGCCGCGGCGGCUCGCGAGGCCGAGAGCGGCGGCGGAACGAUUUUUGCGGCGGAAAAGCGGCGGGCGAGAGAGAGACGGAGGAGUCGCUCGGCUCGCGGUGCCACUGGCCGGCGAACGACUGCGCGAUAAAAGCUGCUGUCCUAGGUCGGCACCACACCAACUCGAGACGACACCAAAACAAGCCAACGUGCGAGUGUCCUCCGGCGCCAAAUUUAUUACUUAGGAUGAGCGUCGCGAUGGGGUCUCCUUUGACAGUGGCUGACAGGCUGUAUGUUUAUGCUCUGCAUGGCUUCCUUAUUGAAGUGUUAUUUUCGGCCACUUGGGACUUUGUCUUGAUGCAGAAAUGGACGUUAGCAGGCUGUUCAAACAUUUGGUCCCUUCCCAUCUACGGAAUUUCCGGUCUAGUCAUGGAAGUCCUGGCCGACAAAAUGCUCUCCCGAGGUCUGGUCUGGCCAUGGCGCGGCCUCGUCUAUCUAGUUUGGAUCUACUGCUGGGAGUACUCGUCCGGCUUUGUCCUACGCUCUCUCAACGCCUGCCCGUGGGACUACUCAGCGUUCGAUUACAACAUCAACGGUCUCAUUACCCUUGAGUACGGCCCCUUGUGGAUGGCCGCGUCGCUGCUAAUGGAAAAAGUGGUCAUUCAAAGACUAUCGCACCUCAGGUGGCAUCCGAAACCGGCUGUCAAAUCUUUCAAGUUGAACUGACACAAGCAGGAGUUUUGAGGAACCCCACGCAAGCCAAAAAGUGAUUCUUUUGGAUUACAAUUUUUUUCAGCCCCUAUGUUCUAGAUUCAGGGCCAGAAUACUUAUGUGUGUGCGAAUUUGAAAUUGCAAAAGGCAGCUUUGAUUUCUACAACAUUUUCUCUAAGGCUGCUCUAAAAUGUCCCACUCUCUAAGUCUUAUCAGCACUUAUUUACAUCAACUACCAAAGUCCCCACUGGUAUAUGCGAGUUAAUCAAUUUUCCUCUACAUUUAUGGAACAACAGAGAUAUUAAAAAUUUAUAGUGUUGUUGCAAGUUCAGCAAACAUUCACAAGCUCUUUGCAAAGAGCAUUUUUAUAAAAUAAAACCUCUGUCAAGGAAAUUCACUUUGACAGUUUGUUCAAACUUUCAACGUAUGUCUUGCAUUCCAACUAGUAUGUACACGGUUAGACUCACUAUCAUUAUUACAUGUCAACUGUGAAUAUAUAUUAUAAUUAUCCUGUAUCUAAAAUCUCUAGAAAAUGUACAAAUUUAAAAAAAAAUGACUGAUGUACGUUGUUCAUUGUUGGUAAAGAAAGGUCACCUCUACUGUUGGAAAAAAUUUAAAUAAAUAACAUUAAAGCUCAUUGCGAGUCAAUGAAAUGAGCAUUUUUAUUUUUAAUUCCAGGAUAUUUCAGUGAAUUGAAAUUUGUAAUUUGCUGCCAAGCAUUACGUUAAAGUCAGCCACACAGCAGCAAAAGCAAUUCCUGCCUUCUCUUACAAUCACAGGCUGCAGACCAAGGUGCCAUAUUUGCAGAGAAAGCCAAGGUCGAGAAGUUAAGUAGAUGGAAAAAGUGAGGCUUCAGUAUGUUCAUUUGUCUAUAUUUCCGGGAAACUUCAUUGGUGCUACCUUCUUUUCAGGAAAGUAUUUGCUAGCGGGCUCUUCUUUUUUUCUUCACUUAGCUGCUGCUGUUUUGCUACCUCUUGUGCCUACAAGUAUUUAUUAAAAUCAGAACAUAAUAACUACGUCAAAUUUAUAAUACCUGGAGUUUUUGCAAGUUUUCUUUAAAAGCUUCCAAGGGAUCAUCAAACUGGUGAUAGUAAUUCAAAACUUCUCUGACAUCCUGAACUUCCGAAGUAGCAAUUGCUGCAAGAUUAAAUUUUAAUAAGCAAAACCAAAAUUGAAAAAAAGCAUUCAGCUCACUUUUCAAAAAGACCGCAAGCUCAAUGAGAGUUUGGUCAUCGUCAUUUCCCUUCCACCUAGGAAGCAGCAAGGCGUUGCUGUAGUUUUCUUUGAUGGACUUGUCGUUCCAGUCGACAACUAUGACCUUACUCAGAUCUCUGUUCAAACUCUCCAAGUCUUUGAUGUGGUGUCCAUCCACAUACUUGGUGGCAUCUCUGAACAGACGGUAGGAAAUGCAACCGUGUGGGUCUAAUGCGUCAAGAAUGGGAAAUGCAGUCUUGAGGGUAAAACACAAAAAUUCAGUAUCACAUUGCAAAAUAACAAUCAGAAUCACUUACAAAGCCCUGCUCAGCAGUGUAAAUAACAACUUCAAAUAAAGGAGGCGCAACUUGGGUAAGGAAAAAGUCGACGCCGGGCCUCUUCUUGAACCUCCAGCCAGUUUGGUACUAAAUUUAGGCAUUAUUAAAAUUAUUCAAGUUACUACAGAAAACAAGCAUACUGUCCAAUCUGGAUGGACAAGAACAUCUGUCAUUUCAAGGACUAGCGUGUAUGGCGGUUGAUAAUAGGGCUCAGUUAAAGGGUCGGGGAGCAGUUUGUCUCUUGAAGGUUCUUGAAUCAUCUGCAGCAAUUCAGAUAUUUAGUGAUAUAUUAAGGAAACUUAACAAAUUAUGCAAACCUUUCUGUAUGAAACCAACUCUCUCCACGAUCGGGCAAUAUAUUGCUGGACGACUGGCAUGCCACUGUAUUCGUCUUCUAUGUCAUUGCCAUCAGGGUCUUUUAACGGGGCGCCUAAAACGUUUUGUUUGAAAAUUGAGAUAAAAGAGAAAAUUUACUGGGGCUCCAAACAUACCACACUCGACUAACACCCAAAUGCCGAGACUGGUGAAUGUGACACCGAAAGCGAUAAAAGUGUACUUCAUAGUCCUCCAGGCGGCCUCUCGCUUUUUCUUUUCCUCUUCGGUCUCCUGUUUCUGCUCGUCUUUUUGCUCCUUUCCACCGCCACCAUCGGCCUGCAGCCGGGACUUGAGGAUUUCUUCGGCAAGGCCUUUGGCAUCGGUGGUGGCUUUGGUGGUGCUGUAGAAUUUUGAAGAGAUGUGAUUUGUGAACGAAAGGUAGCUGAACGUCGGCUGACAUCGUUGGACAAGCGAGCUGAAAGUGUUUGCCCGAGCUCUCCUCACAACAGGGCUGAAUAAUCCGUGUUUUAUCAACCUCACCGGCACGAGGCUUGUAUUUCGUAGGGCGGCCAUCAUCAAUUUUCUUAUUAUUUUUCUCCUGCCCUAACAGGAGUGUUGACAAAAGAGUUAAGUAUUUUUCCAUUUAAAGUUUUGAAAUUGAAAAUCCCUCGGUUUUUAAAUAAAAAAUUACCAAAGAGUCUUCAAUUAAAAACGAUAAAAUUUAAAAACUUUACUAAACCUAUACAAAAAAUAUCGUUUCCUUACAAAACAUAAACAUCAUAAUAAAGUACAGUGUGACUCCUCAGUGCACUCCUCCCGAGAUUCUCGGCCCAUCCCAUUUACUUUUUCCCACAACCCACACCACACCACAACCACAUACGAACUCAACUCGCCGUUAUUUUUUCUCGUCCCGCUUUGGGCGCUUUGUCGCUGUUUUAGUUUUGAGAACUUAAAAUUGCUGGAAAUUACCUCAAGAUUGAGUAGCGAAAGGGGCGAGCAAGGCAUUCAAUUCAACUGCAUUGGUCUGCAAAUCUGCUAAACGAUGGAAAGUCAAUCAAACAAAAUCUUUGGCGAUUCGGCAUUCUCUUCUUUGCGCGCGCAAAGAAUUGCUUAAAAGCAACUGCACAACACAGUUUAGCUUUUGAUCAUAAAGUAAAAACAAGAAACCAGCCCAAAAAUGCCUAAAACAAGCAGCUGGCAUGGCCCUUCAUAUCGCUAUCAUUCAGAGGUCCCCGUCACUGAUAAGUUGUACCAUCAUGCAUUCGCACAAUUCCAGCAGUACAAGUUUCUUACUCUGAAAAAGAUGAAGAUUACCAUUGGUUCAUUUGUUGAGUUGCAAGACGUUGAAAGGCUUCAAGUUCCUGGGUCGGAGGAUAAUCUUCCUCCACCUAAAUUUGCCCAAAUCUUCAGGAUUUUAAAAACUGAAAAAGGACCAUAUCUUUUGAUAUUUUGGUUCCACCCCAUGUGUGAAGAAUUCAAAAGAUUACCAAUUGCUCCUCCCAAGGACAGAAUCUUCAGAUUUCCAGAUUUUUCCUCAAAGGACGUAAUUUUGGAUAGGAGAUCUCCAGUUAUCUAUGGUGCAGUGACUUAUCAUCAAAUUGCAGCUGUCAGAUCGUUUGUUAAAGUCCACUUUCGUGAUGACCCAAUGGAGAUACUGGAAGAGUCUGGAAUGGAGUUCAUCCAGCGCUUUGAUGUUGUGUACAAAAAUGAUAAAACAAUCUUGAUUCCUCGUUUAAAACAAACUGACCUGAAGAAUGAUGUCUACCCUGUUGAUGCAGCAAAAAUCAAUGAAACCUUGAAGGAAAAGUGUGAAACUGACUCGGUUCCACCUUCAACAAUAGACUCUAAAUCAGCAAGUGUGACUGGACAGAAAAGCAGUGACAGACUAACAAACAAGGACAACUUGGCACCAUCUACUUCAAACAAUACAAGAACACCUGUCUUAAUUGAAGACGAGGACAACCUUGAGACAAGACUUCAAAAGAACGUUAUCCAGACAAGAAGCUAUCACAAACAUCAACGUGAAAUGAAGAAACAUGCUGAAAAGCCUUCCAUUUCAAAUGAUUCCAAGGAGGAUGACGCAAAGUCUUUGAAGUUGCUUUCAAAAAGUAGAGCCCAAACUAAAAGUGUGGCUCAGAGUCAGAAGUCAAGUGUUAGUAAGUCGAAGAUGAAUCAACCUGCUGUGAAUAAUAAACCGUCAAGAGCUCCUGAUUCCGAUGAAUCCAGUGAAGAUGAUGAGAUAUUUGUGAAGGAAUUUAAAGUGAACAAAAAUGCUUCUGCGGCAACUAGUGAGACAAUUGAUCACAAGGACAAGUCUGAGAAGACACAAUUUUUUCCAAAAAAAGCGUCUAAAGAUUUUGAUUUGUCUUCGGAAAAAGAUGAUGAGGAGGAAAAUCCUAAGAAUGUCUCAUCUGUUCAGAAGAAAUCCACCCUUGAAAGAAACCCCAAAAAGAAACCAGCCACCCAAAAAGGAAACUCUGAGUCUGAACAUGAGGGCAAUACCGCUUUUGAUCAUCCUGCCUUCUGGCCUAAAAAGUCCAAGAAAAAGAAGCUCUAUGAUCCUAGGAAACUUACGUCACACUCAGAUUCCAUUUGUAAAGACGAAGGAGAGACUAGAAAAGAUAUGGUCGUUGAAAAUUCCACUUUCAUCAGUAUCCGGAGCCAAAAAAAUAAUACUGAAAAUUUGCAUGAGCCUAUGAGCAGAGGCAUUACUACAAAGGAUAAAACCAGAGCCACCUCGGUGCUUUUGUCCAAUGUGCCUGCCGAGUCUGAAGAGGAUGAGGAUACACAACCUUUUGCUCAAUCACGCUCAAAGUUGUUGAAAGUGAAAGAGGCUGCUAUUCUGUAUAUGCAAACAAAAUCUCAAGAUGAUGGGCUGUUCGAAUUCAGUCAAGAUGCCCAAAUUGCAGAGAAAAAGGAGAACAAAUCGCUAAUCAAUAUAUCAACUAAGAUUCUGACUAGCGGAUCAGAAUCUGAUGAUGAAUCUGACAGCAAUUUACCCGAGAACAGAGUUCCAAUGAAAGUUGCAACACCUGUAAGGGAGCAAAGUAAGCACCUCAGUUCUAGAAGUUCAACGCAGUCACCGAGGGCAAACAAAAAUUCGCCCAAUGCAAAGAAACCCAAGCCAAGCCUUGACCAAGAAGAAGGAACCAAAAUUCUGAAUCCAGUGGCAAAAGCAACUAAAAGGAGAUCAUCAAACCCAUUCUCAAGCAGUGAUUCUGAAGGAUUUGUGAAAGAAUCGAACAUUCAAAAGUUUGCUAGCAAGAAAGUGAAGCGGCCAAAAUUGGAAAUCAGAAGGAAUGUCUUCACUAUGUCUGAUUCGGAUUCAGAUGGCCCUAGCAACAGGCUGGAGGCUCAAAGCCCUUCAAGAUCUGCUAGAAAGAUAAGUCUCAGAUUAGAUAAAAAAGAGACUCCUUCGAAGCUUAACCAGCGCAAACAGUCUACCCUGCUUGUCAAUAAUGCUAAAAAAGUCCAUGUGAAUGAGGACGCUUCUAGCACCAAUCGACGUAAGGUUAUGUUGGAAGGAGUAGUUAAAUCAUUGUUACAAAUGGAAGAUAACUUAAUGGUUCACCGACAACCAACGGAUGACAAAGAGGCAGAAAAUCGCAUCUCUGAAGUUGAAUCAAACCAUGGAACCACUGAAGAGGAAGACAUUGCAAUUGAAGAAGUCUUUUCUGAUGUAAGUCAGACUCUGCCACCAAAAAGAGUCAAGAAAGAAUCUGCAUCAUCAACAUCAUCAGAUAAGGUUGUUGUACCAACAAUUCGACCUCCAGGAGCUCCUAUUGGGUCCAAAUGUCGUGUGAUUAAACCUGGAAACAGUGUUCCGUCACCUGCUACGUCAGAAGAGUACGCAACUCCCUUUGGCAGUCCACAAGAAGUGGAAUCUCAGCAGGAGGAAAGCCAAGGCCCGAGUCUACUACAAACAACAUUCCAGUCAAUGAACCAGACGCUCUUCAGAAAAAUGCGUGAACUCCAUGGGUGUGAGUCACCUGUAAAAUCUAAACCUUCUGAAAAGAGUUCAAACAAUUCACUGGACCUCAGCACACAGUUGGCCGAAGCUCUGUUUGACUACAAAGAGCAGCACUACAAAUUUCAAGAGAGAAAAACUGUUCGUGACAAAAAAUUAGACCAGGCUGAGGAGAUGGAAUUUUCAGAAGAGGAGGAAGCGGAAGCUGAAAAUGAACAUUCCAAAGAGAGUGAAAAACAUUCAAACUCUAUUUCCAGUCCACGGAAGAACAGUUGGCCAGCAGAUUGUAGCUCAAAGGUAACAACUCGUAGUGCUUCUCAGGCAUCAGCUACUGACAAUGAAUUCCAUAUUGAUUAUUAUAUGAAGAAAGUUGAUGCUGAAUUUGAAAGAAUUGAUUGCCAAUGCAUGGACUCUCUUUUCAAUGAAGUCGCAAGAGAUGGCAGUGACGAUGAAUCACCUGAUGUAUCAAUUUCUGCCAAAGAAAUUCCCAUGGACUUUUGUGAUCAGCCCUCAGAAUUCACACCAGCUCAAGAUAGAGUUUCUAGAAAGCUUAGUGUCCUGUUUGAUGCAAUCGAUGACAGCGACCAGACUGCCAGUGAGGUGGAAGAUUCUGACGAGGAAACUGGAGAGACAAAAGUGGUGCCUGCUAUACUUUGUACCAAGAGCAAAGAAAUGUCAGAGAAUGCCCCAGUUGUGCCAAGCUCACCAAUAGUCUCAGGGAAAAAGAGCAGAAAGGAGAAACAUGUUCCAAAGGUGAUAGACGAGAUACGAAUAAAUGGUCGGAAACUUACAAGGCCUUUGGUUGCAAGCCCCGCCAAGGACGGCAGCCUGAGGAUGAAAAUUCGUUCUCCAGACAAAGGGGUUAAAGUUUUCUCCUCCCCAGAGAAAAGCUCAAGAAUGGCCUCAACAGCAUCUCCAAAAAAAGUUGGAAAAGACAUUCAAUCUGAAGACACUCCGGGCAAAAGAGGAAGAGGAAGGCCCCGAAAUAGUGCAGUGGCAACAACAAGUAAAUCAGCUGAUGAAAAGGAGGAACCUAAAACUCCAACUGCUAACAAAAAACCUAAAGACACUCCUGUUGAAGACACGCCAAGUAAAAUCAGAAGAGGAAGGCCUCCGAAGAAUGUGGCUGCAACAUCAACAAGAACCGCUGAUUCAAAAUCUCCGAGGAAAAAUGAACCAAAAACCCCUUUGUCAGGCAAAAGAGGUCGUCCCAAAACCACAGCUGGAUUUUCAACACCAAGACAACGUGGAAGUUCGCAGAAGAAAAAGUCAACUCCCAACAAGAAAACAGAAUCACCAGAAGGAUCUCCAUCCAAAAGUCUCAGGAGAAAAAGUCUGCAAAUUGCUAGACCGGAAAGGACUCCAAGUAAAAGGAGGGUGUCCAUGGCACCACGGAUUGAAGCGGUCAGUGAAGAAGAAGUGAAGCGCAGUACAAAGAAAACUACAACAGAUACUCCAGGAAGACGAGGUCGCUCAGCAAAAAUACCAGUCUGUUAUGACGAUUCAAGCAGCAGUGACCAGACACCUAAGAAGACAACCAAGAAGACCCCUAAGAAGCAGCUCAGACCUGCUCUCAAGACGUCAAUUCAGACCCCCAAAGUGAGCCGAGGAAGGACCCGCAAGUCUGGAUCUACUCCCAGCAAAGCUCCAGCAACUCCUAAAAGAACUAGAGGAAAGUAUGUGAAAGUUGGAGAGGAAAGCACUGCCAUUGAAGAACAAGAAAUGCCUGGCAGGGAAGAACAAAUGGCUAAUAUACAAGACUUUAUUGAGUCCAGGAUAGAAGAUCUGACCGGAGGGUGCAUGUACAUUAGUGGCCUUCCAGGCACUGGAAAAACAGCGUCAGUCAAUCAAGUUUUACUAAAUCUGUCCAAAAGGAGGGAAAGCGGCGAACUUGAUUACAAGGUAAUUUUUGAUAAAGCAAUUCUAGUUUUUGUUCAUCAUAAAAUGCCAUUCCAGCUGAUCAAAGUGAGUGGCAUGGAGUUGACUCAGCCACAACAGGUGUUUUGCCGCAUGGCAGAAGUUCUUCUUGAACGGAGCAAUAUGACUGCGUCAAUCGCCCUGGACAGUCUGACCAAAUAUUUCAACAACAAAGACAAGAAGCGGCCGCCUACUAUUUUAAUAAUUGACGAGUUGGACAUGCUGUGCACCCGAAAGCAAGAUGUUGUCUACCAUCUCUUUGACUGGCCAACUAAAGCAACGUCCAGGCUUAUAGUUUUGACGAUUGCCAACACAAUGGAUCUUCCAGAAAGACUUCUGCAGGGAAAAGUCACCAGCAGAAUGGGGUUGACUCGCCUGACCUUCCGCCCUUACACCUAUGAUCAAUUGGAAAAAAUAGUUCAAGUCAAACUUGGAGAAUCAGGUGACUUUGGAAGUGAUGCCAGGCAGCUAGUAGCAAGGAAAGUGGCUUCACUCAGCGGUGAUGCAAGAAGGGCUCUGGAAAUUUGCCGCCGGUCCCUUGAGUUGGCCAACAAUUCCGCUGUCAAAAUGACACAUGUUUUGGAGGCUUUAAAAGAGAUGCUGGAAACACCAACUGUUCUUGCUAUAAAGAUUCUUGGCCCCUUGGAAAAAUUGUUCCUGAACUGUAUAGCCAGUGAAAUUCAAAGAACUGGAGUGGAGGAAACAACCUUGUCCGAGGUACAAAACUCUAUGAAAGCUCAAGGACUAUUUCAUGGAGUGACUGACUUUACGAGCAGCAAAGUAAUGGAAAUUUGUGCACGUCUAGCAUCAUUCCGCUUAAUCCUGGCUGCACAAGACAGAGCUGGACUCAAGCAAAGGAUAUCUCUCAAUGUCAACCCUGAUGACUUGCACUUUGCUUUGAAAGUUGCAGACCAAAUUUAAUCUAGAACCUUUAAUAUCUGUAAAUGCAUUAAAUUUUUGAGCUAUGUCAAUUUUGUACUUUGCAGGAUAUGCCUUAAAUGAUCUAAUAAUGAUUAAAUUAUUUAUUCUUAAAUUAAAAGCUGAUUAAAAAUGAAUUAUUAACUAAAUUAUUAUGAAACUUUGU